CAGCUCAAUUCCCCUCUCGUCCGGCUCCACCAGAUUAUGUAGGACCGUCGGACCAGUCAGCCGGGCUUUGUGAUAUCUCCCCGCAGGUUCCGGGGUGCCGCAGGGUCUUCGAACCUGUCAUGUUCCGCCCAGAUUUCCAUCAACCCCUGCAUCUGACAGAUGCAACUGAUGCGCAUCCGUGAUCUUUGACAAUGCCCCUGACAGGGGCACCCAGAUGACUGUAUCCCAGACUAACCUAGUCGUCACGCGAUCUAGGCACAGAGGAAGCUUUUGAUCAUUUCCUUCAGCCAGACAAGGAAGUUCGAUAGCCAGUGGCGUCUCCUCAAUGGGAUAGUGACGGCGGUAUUCUGUUCCCCGGAGCUGGCAAACUAUACAAUGCAGGUGAGAAUGGUCUCUCGGUAGUCGCUCCGGCCUGCAUACGAACGAGUCCAUACUUCCGCGCUCGAGCCAGAGCAAGCCGGACGGCGCCAUGGACACGAAGGAUAAGUAGCGAGGCUCCGACCAGCGUCCUUUGCAAAUUUUGCUUUGGAUCAGGACCAGCUCUCUCACGGACGCGCAAAGACAAGCUUCUCCCAUCAUGCCGUCGGUAGACCUCAACCAGAUCCCUGCCUCCGCGCCGCCCGACGGCGUGACGCCCAACUUCGUGAACCCACCGAACCAAAAUUAUCAGAUCUACUCCAUCAAUAUUGCCCUCUGCCUUACAGGUACAGCGGUCUUGAUCCUUCGCUUGUACACGCGUGGUAAACUCCAGAAGACCAUUGGGGUCGAUGAUUGGUUCUGUAUCUGGGCGCAGGUCUGCGCGUGGCUAUUUGCCAUUUUGUGCAUGCUCAAUAUCCGGAACGGCUAUGGGGUCCACAUUUGGGACUUAUACCUCAGCAAGAUCAAGCCCUUCAAGCAGUAUGAUCUUGCGGCUGAGGACAUUUUCGUCGUCGGAAUCUGGCUGGUCAAAACGUCCAUCUUGUUGUUCUACCUGCGCUUGAGCCCCGAAAAGCGGUUCCGCCAAAUGACAUACGGGAUCAUGGUCUUCGUUGCCUUGUACAAUAUCAUCAGUCUGCUGGUGUUUACCCUCGGCUGUAUACCGGUGCAGGCCAGUUGGGACGUGACUCUGAUGCCGACUGCCAAAUGCGUUGACCAACUCUCCUUCGUCUACGCUAAUGCGGCAUUCAAUCUGUUUUCCGAUCUGAUCACCCUGGCGUUGCCUAUUCGACUGUGCUGGUCUCUUCAGACCACUCUCAAGCAGCGGGUACUCUUGAUGAUAGUGCUAAUGAUGGGUUCUUUCGCGUGUGUCAUUGCGAUCAUCCGCAUUGUAACCAUGAUGCCAUUUGUCUCCAGUAUGGACCUGACCUGGUACAAAGUGACCUUAGCCAAGUGGGCCAUGGUGGAGAUCAACGUGGGUAUCAUCUGUUCGUGCCUGCCGGUGAUGCGGCCUCUGCUCAUCCGGUUCUUCCCCGCUGUUUUUGGCAGCCACGCCAGCAGCGGAGUCAACCCUAUCCGCCGUGCCGACGGCAAGGACACAUUUGGUGCAGCUCGCAAGAAGGUGAUCCGCAACUGGGACUACCUCAGCACAGUUAAGGGAACCCACGCGGGCGAGACUGCGCACGAUGUUGAGAGUCUGCAUGAGGAGCCUAAGCAUGACAAUGGCAGCGCUGAGCCGGCCAUCAUGAUGGCGACCGAGUAUUCGGUGACUUGCAAGAGACGAUCGGAUUAGAUGCUCAGGCAUAUGAUCAUGAGCUUGCGAAACAGCGUUCAAGAGGGGGGUUGGAGCCAACAGCGGGAUUGAGAGAACAGGAGCCGCUAUUGGACACAUAUGUCACAGAGAACAUAAUCAUGAGGGCAGCAGUCUCUGUCGCCAGCUGAACUAGCCCGAAUGACCAAGUCGGACUGAAUAUGUACACUUAAUAAUCAAAUCAUC